UCUUUCGAGCAGCGGGGGAUAUUCCGUAUCAUCUUUCUCUCCAUUCGUCUUGCUCUCUCUCUCACCUCGGAUUAAAAGGGUAAAGACGAGGUUUUGGGGUUUUUGUACCUUCGAACAUUAUGGAAGCCGACGUUUCCAUUCCGACGUUACCAUUUUUGGUUUUCACUCGUCUUUGCGGUUGCAACUCUCUCUUCCUCUGAUGAUCUUCAGGCUUGAUAUCAGCAGGCUAUCAAUAAGGAAACGAAUCAAGAAAUCAGAUAUUUAAUAUUGGGGCUGAUGGUGAAUUGAUUUAUUUGUACAAUAUAUGAGUGAGACUGAGGUUGCUUAUAUUCAAGUAUAGCGGGAUCGAUUUGGACAUUAGUUGUACAGGCAUGGCUAGCAAUUUGUUCAAGGGAGAUAGAGGGGAGUUUGUUUAUAUUCCCCUUUUGUGUAUAAUUGUCUCUCUGGUGGUGGGCAUGUCCAGUGCAAGUGUAGUUUUGAUUGGCCAAAAUGUGUCCUUGUCUUUUGAUGACAUUGAGGCAAACUUUGUUCCUUCAAUUAAAGGAUCCGGAGUAUGUGGGACCUUAUAUGUAGCUGAACCUCUCGAUGCGUGCACUCCAUUGACUGACAAAAAUAUCUCAGUUGAAGGUGCUAACUCGCGAUUUGCAUUGAUUAUUAGAGGAGGAUGCACUUUUGAGGAUAAAGUUAGGACUGCUCAGAAAGCAGGAUUCCAAGCAGCUAUUAUUUAUGACAAUGAAGAUAGCGGUAUAUUGGUUGCAAUGGCAGGGAAUUCUGCAGGUGUGAAAAUACAUGCAAUAUUUGUUUCCAAGGCAUCGGGUGAAGUACUAAAAACCUUUGCGGGUACAUCAGGAUUGGAGCUAUGGAUAAUCCCUAAUUUUGAAAACUCUGCGUGGUCUAUCAUGGCCAUCUCUUUCAUAUCGCUACUUGCAUUGUCUGCUGUGCUUGCAACAUGUUUCUUUGUUCGUAGGCAUCGCAUACGACGAGAAAGGCCUCAGACCCCUCAUGUUCGUGAGUUCCAUGGGAUGAGCAGCCGAUUAGUGAAGGCAUUGCCAAGCCUCAUUUUCACUUCUGUGCUAGAAGAUAACUGCACAGCUGGAACAUGUGCUAUAUGCCUAGAGGACUAUGCUCCAGGGGAUAAGCUAAGAGUGUUGCCAUGUUGCCACAAGUUUCAUGCCAUGUGUGUGGAUUCCUGGUUGACAAUCUGGAGAACAUUUUGCCCUGUAUGCAAGCGCGAUGCAAGGACAGGCACCGGUGAACCCCCAGCUUCUGAAUGCACCCCUCUCCUUUCCCCUACCUCCUCCUCAAUGGCCUCCUCAGUCCCAUCUUCCUCUGCUGCUUCACCUGCCAUACAAAUAGGAAGAAGUGGAUCAUUCAGGUCUCCCAACUCCUCUCGUGCUAGUUCCCUCUCGAUGACAGCCACCUCUUACAUGCCUCAUUCACAUAGAUCUAACAGUUUCUCAUCGUCUCUAAGCAUAAGCAGGAGCUCCUACAACAUCAGGAAUUUUCCAUCUUCAUCGCAGAGAUCUCGCCAUUCCUUGGGCUACCCUCCUCUUGACCCAAGACUUGCAUCCCCAUAUAUCCCCAGCCCGAGCAAUGCCUCUCCGCUGUAUGCGGAAUCAUCAUCAGAACGGCUUCCAUCCCUGUUGUAUUGCAGUGGGUCAGCUGCAAGCAUCUCUCCUCUAGCCUCUGCCCACUCCUUACCUGGUUGCUGAUGCAACUUGCAAUUAAAAGACAGACCUAAUGACUCAUCAAAAGAGGAAACAUGGGUCAGCAGAUUGGUGGUGACGCUCUUUUGAGAAAUUAAUGGAGUCUUUGACUUCUGCUUUAGGCAAAAAGAUUCGUGGUUCCGGUAGAAGGAAGGACUAACAAGGUUAUUUAUUAGGCUGAGUGGCUCGUUAUCAGAGGAAAUCCCUUUUGUUUUUUGGUUUUUACAUGGCACAUGCACGAGCAAACGCUCUGGGGAUAGGAAUGAAAGAAACAUGCUCCUCAGAAUUUAAAGAGUUCUAAAUGAUCAUUCUAUUGUGAACAGGUGAAAGGCACCAUUCGUAUCUGCCCUUCCAAAAAUGGAUCAACGCUAUCUCCCUUGUAACUGGUGGUGAGCAUAAGAGGGCUAACUAGGCAUUUCGGCAUUUUCUUGGUGAGCUGUACAGGUUUUGGCAUUGGUUUCUAGCGAGUGUAAUCUUCUUGAAUCCCAAAGUGAGUUGAAUGUCAUUUUUUGUGAAUGUUCUUUGCUGGUUUUCUUAUAUUUGUUCAAAAGGUUAAGACUGCUAUUAUGUGAUUGGUUUGAUGAUCCAUCUGGCAUAACUGUAUACUGUUCAGUAAGUUUUCAAAGUUUAUCAAAUGCGGACUUGCUUGUGAUUGGUCAUAA